AACAGCAGAGCUCAGCACCGGGGAUUCCUGCCAAUAGACAGAGUCAAACCUGUGGCAUUAAGUUGCAGCCUGAGGUUGCUGUGAGUUGCAGUGUAGAGUUGGAGAUCCAUGAACUGUAGGUGCCCCUGCUGGCCAGGAACCCUCCUUCCUCAGCCAGUGACGUACUUUAAAUCAGCCCCCCUUAGUCCCUUCUCCUCCCUAUCUGGGUGAAAGUAAAAAUAUAAAGCCCUAGCCCUGUGAGAGUCAGAUGAGCCCAGCUCCAGGGAUCCCAUUAGUAUCAGCAGACAGACAGAGCUCCCAUACAGAGCCUGGGGGUGCACUGAUUGCUGCUAGCGCUUUCAUACCAGAUGUUCCCUGCCAUCCGACCCACGGUGCGAACACGGAGACCGGUCUGAGGAUCACCUUGGAAAAGCAAUAAUCAGAACACCGCCAUGGCCUGUGAAGAGAUCUCUGAUUUUCCUGCAACAAUCACGAGGCAGGGUUCUAGUGCAGGUUCGUCUCUGGAUUUCGAGCCUAAGCAGGAAUACCAAUUUGUUGAAAAGUUGCAAGACCGAUAUAAGUGUGCAAGAUGCCAUUUGGUUCUUCACAAUCCUCACCAAACGGGAUGUGGUCACAGGUUUUGUGAGCAAUGUGUCUUGGGUCUGAGUGAACUAUAUGAAACGCCAGAGUGCCCGAUUGAUAAGGAAAUCAUUAAUCCAAAGGAGGUUUUCAAAGACAAUUGCUGUAAAAGAGAAGUCCUGAAUCUACAAGUCUUUUGCAAGAACACACCUGAUUGUGAUGUCAAUGUAACGCUGGGAAGAUACCAGGAUCAUCUUGGCCAGUGCAUGUACGAGCCCAUCCAAUGCAUCAACGCAGGAUGCCAUGACACAAUGCCUCGAAGGGAUUUAAAGGGCCAUCUAGACACUCAAUGUAAAUUAAGAGAGGAAUUGUGCCCAUACUGCAAGCAAAGCAUGGCAUCUGUGAACCUGAAGAUUCACGUUAAGCAGUUUUGCCCUAUGUACCCAGUUGCGUGUCCUAACAACUGCCUUCAGGCAUGUCCCAGGGAUCAGCUUGAAGAUCACCUCUCUCUGUGUCCCGAAGCGGAACAAGAUUGUUCGUUUGCAAACUAUGGCUGUGAUGUCAAGGUAAAAAGAGUUCAAAUAAAGAGCCACGAAGAUGCCUUUCUCAGAGAGCACAUGCUCUGUGUUUUAAAUAGAAAUAUGCAACUUGAGCAACAGAUGCAGGAUUUAAAACAAUAUUUGGAAUUAAAAGAAAAUAAAAUCCAGAAGCUGUUUGAGACGGUUAAAAGGUGUGAAAAAGAAUGUAAACAAUUUGCACAUGGUGCGAAUGGGGUCAAUCUCUCCAGCACACAGACUCUUGCUACUUACAUUGACAAAGUUGCAUGGCUGGAGAACCAGGUGCUAGAAGUGGUGCAGCUGGUUAGCCAGGAGCAGAGCCGACUGGAUCUAAGACCAUUGAUUGAGACCCUGGAAUGCACCAACCAGAAACUAAUCUCCAUGGAAAGCUAUAAAAGUCGCUUAGAUAACCUGGAGAGCCAGUCAGGCAAACACGACAUGCAGAUAAAUAUCCAGAAGACACAGCUGAACAUAAAUGAGGAGAGGUUCAAGCUUUUGGAAGGCUCCUCCUACAACGGCAGACUUAUCUGGAAAAUCACAGACUAUGAGCGAAAGAAAAAGGAAGCUAUUGAGGGUCGCAUUGUUUCCAUUUACAGCCAUCACUUUUACACCAGCCGGUGCGGUUACCGUCUAUGCGCAAGGGCAUAUCUAAACGGGGAUGGGUCAGGAAAAGGAGGGUAUUUAUCUUUGUACUUUGUGGUGAUGAAAGGAGAGUUCGACUCUCUCCUGCCCUGGCCUUUCAAACAAAAGGUGACAAUGAUGCUGCUUGAUCAAAGCGGGAAGAGAAACCAUAUAGUUGAUGUUUUCAAAGCAGAUCCAAACAGCAGCAGCUUCAAGAGGCCAGAAGGCGAGAUGAACAUUGCCUCCGGUUGUCCACGAUUUGUGUCUCACCCCCAACUGGAGAACCCCAAAAAUGGCUGCUACCUCAAAGACAACACAUUGUUUAUUAAAGUUGCUGUGGAUUUAACUGACCUGGAAGAAUUAUGA